ACGAUUGUUUUCCCAUCAAUCAACGACGCGUAUACGAAUGAGAAGUGUGCAGAUCUAGAAAGGAAGGACAAAUGGGCGACUAGGAUUCCAACUCUAUCAUCGUUCGUAUCACACUCCGCUCUCACAAGUGUCGCGGCGGCCGCACGACGCCAAAAUGGCCUCUUCGUCCGACAUUCGCGACAUCAUGAACUUGGGCCAGGCAGGUCCUCGCCAGCCUGCGCCCAAGAAGAAGAAACUGGCCGACACACAGCCGCGUGUGACUGGGUUCAAGCGAGAGGUCCAAGCACUCAUGGGCGACUCGGUCCCUCCGAUCGCCAUCGUCGAACAACGCUCCUACAAAUCGAGACCGUCUAUUUCACAGAAGCUGUUCAAGCCGAGACAUUGGGAGGAGAGGCCGUUCCAGCAUGGGGCGAGAACGGAUGGACUUGUGCUGAGACACUGGAAACGAUCCAUCCCGGGGUCGCAGACGCGCCCACCAGUUAUUUCCAACGACGACGGAGGAUCCGGUGAUGUGGAAAUGACGGACGACGCAAAGAGUAGUACUGCUGUCGUGCCCGAGCUGCGGUACGAAGAUGAAUUUCCUUCACACAAAUGGAAUGUCAAAGUGCAGGUUCCGACGUACACGGACGAACAGUACGAAAAUCUGUUGAAGGCGGACGACUGGUCUAGACAAGAGACAGAUUAUCUGAUGGAACUCUGUCGUGAUUAUGACCUACGAUGGGUCAUCAUCGCAGACAGGUUCGACACGACCGAAAUCGUCAAACCCAGUGCGUCUCAACAGAACGGCGAAGCGGCAGGCAGCGAGGUCGCGCCGAAAUUUCCAGAUCGGACCAUGGAGGCACUCAAACAACGUUAUUACACCGUCGCCGCCAAAAUGCUCGAGACUCAGGUACCAAUCAGCAGCAUGGCUCAAGCAGAAUUCCAACUGUGGGAGAAGAUGCGCAGUUUCGACGCCAAGACCGAGACCACGCGCAAGGCAAUGGCGGAAAAACUGUUCGAACGCACCAAAGACGAAGCUGACGAGGAGAGAACCUUGCUGGAAGAGCUCUACCGGAUCACGAAGAACGAAGAAGACUUUAUCAAGAUGCGUGCAGACUUGUACUCCAGGCUCGAGCCUGUUGCCGCCAUUCGUCGCACCGACAGAGGCGAGGAGCAAUCAACCGCCAUGUAUCAGACUUCAGCUGGGUUGUCCAUCCUGUUACAAAACAUGCUCGCAAAGGAGAAGAGGCUUAAGCCGCCUCGUCCUAUGCACGAAGGAGCACACGGUGGACACCCCACUGCGACACCGGCCGACUCCCGCAAGGCGAGUCACGCCACCUCAUUCAGCCGCCGCGACACCGUCGACACCCAGGCGGACGAAACUGCUUCACAGAAGAAAGGUUCGACGUCACAACCAACCGUAAGAGUGUUGACACCGCAAGAAGAGGCUCGUUUUGGUGUUGCUCACCCCCAAGAGCGACUCACGAGUGGUGUCCAGUUCCGCCACGAGAAGAUCAAUCGCCUUACCAUGGCGAAGAGUCAGACACAGACCACCAAGAUCCAAGCUGCCUUGACGGAGUUGGCCAUUCCAUCACGUCUGCUUAUGCCGACCGAGAGAGUCUGUCGGGAGUUUGAGCGGCUAGUGAAAGAGAUCAAUAUCCUGCUUGACGCCAGAAAGGUCAACGAGAAGAUCGCUACCGAGAUUAAAAUCUUGGAAGAGCAGAGACGCAUCAGGCUCGGUCUGCCCAAGGAAGGAGAACAGCCUGUGCAAAACGACGGAAGCGUAAUGGAGGUGGACUCGUCGCAGAUCGUGGAUAGUAAGCUCGAGACGGCGCAGGACAGUUCAAUGGUUCUUGCGGACGAAGAGAAGGACGCGGAGGGUGAGGUUGAUACCCCUGUCGACCGUGACAACAAUCAAGAGAAGACAGACGGUGCUCAAGGCGACGAAAGCACCAUGGCCGUGGAUAAAGCGGACGACGAGGAUGCGGAUGCCGACGAAGAUGAAGAAGUUGCUGAAGCCUCGGAGCUCAAGCAUGAAGAAGAUGAGGAUGCACAAGGGGAAGAUGAAGAUGAGAAUGGCGACGAUGAAGAUCAGAAUGAAGCUACCGCUGAUCAAGACCAGGAUGGUGAAGAUGAAGAUGCGGAAGAAGAGGACGAAGACGAGGACGACGAUGGACCUCAACUUGGAAUUGAUGAUGACGAGGACGAAGAAGAGGAAGCAGAAAUCGCCGCUACUCCAGAUCUCGACAGUGACGCUGAUGAAGAGCAAGAUGAGGAUGAAGAUGAGGAAGAUGAAGAGGCCGAGGCCGAGGCUGAAGAGGAGUCGGAAGAAGAAGCUGAGCAGGAUGACGGAGAGGAUGGUGAUGAUGAUGAUGCAGAGGCCGAUGGUGAUAGUAGUCCUGAAGCUGAGGCCAAGGUUGCCGAGCAGGAGGACUCUGACAAAGCUGGAGAUGAUGGAGGAGAAGAAGAAGAGGAGGGGGAGGAGGAGGAGGAGGAAGAAGAGGAAGAAGAAGAAGAAGAGGAAGAGGAAGAGGAACAAGCAGCAGCAGACAAGCCAGACGAGGGUGUCGCGUCAGCAUCUGCCGCGGCCAUGCGUGCGCACAAGAGGUCUGCCAGUGUCAUGUCCGAAGCCAGUCGUGCGGGUAGUAAUCGGAGCGGGCUUGGUAGGAAGAAAAGAAGGUAGAUUGAGAGGUGUGUUGAUAUUUACCUUGGUUUUCACUUGUCGUACACAUGUUACAUGACACAUGCACACAUGGCCUAAAGUGAUGUCUUUGGUUCUGAACAAGUCAUUUGAUACUGGGCUGAGUACCUAGGCAGAUAUCUAGGUGGGUAGCAUUUGGUUCAUGGCAUGAUGGAAGUAGCCACAACAAUUACUUAGCUAGGUAAUGAAUAAAAGAAUCGAGAUUUCCC